AUGACCACACAAAUCACACUAGAAGACGUAUCAUCACAUAUAUAUGAACUUUGUGUGGACUCUGAAUCAGGUCAAGACCUAGGUAUAAUAUCUAAAGAUCCAAAACUUGAUAUAACGUUUCAAAACUCAGAUUAUUCAAUUGAACAAUCAAUUUCAAAUUUAAAUAAUAGUUCAAGUUCAACAGGAUUUGUUCUUUGGAAAAUCACAAUCCCAUUUAUUAAAUGGCUUCAACAAAGGAAUGUUUAUGAUUUCCAUGGGAAAUUUGUUAUAGAGAUUGGAUCUGGUGUCACGGGAUUAUUAGCUUCGACUAUAGGUCCUAAAACUGGUCAUUAUAUCUCAACAGAUCAAUAUCAUUUAUUAAAAUUAUUAAAGAAGAAUAUAAUUAAUAAUGUUCCUUUAUUUAGGAGCUCUACAAUGGAAUGUGAAGGAAUUCCAAAGAGGAAACAUGCAUUACCGGUAUUGGAUGUUGUUACAUUUGAUUGGGAACAUAUAGAUCAAGGACUCUUUGAAAUAAAUCAAGUUCAAAAUGGAGAUCCUGAUUUUAUUAUUGGUUGUGAUGUUGUUUAUAAUGAUUACUUGGUUCCUUUUUUGGUUGAUUCUAUUGUGAGGUUAAUGGGUGAUGAUACUAAGGUAUUAAUGGGGUUACAAUUAAGGUUACCUGAAAAUAUUGAACAUUUUGUUACGGUUGUUCUUGAAAAGGGGUUGAAGAUAUUUAAACAUGAUGAAGAAUUGUUAAUUGAUGAGUUGAAAACAGGAUUUGUUGUUUAUUUGAUAACAAAAUGA